AUGAUCUAUACGACCUUGCUUGUUUUGAUUCAGAUCUCAGCACGCUAUGCAACCAACCUUAUGGAUCCAAAGGACUAUAGCACGGUGCUGGCUGAUCCGAAACAAGUGCGCGACCGGAUCUUCGGGAGCAAGAUUGUUAUCGGGCUGGAGCAAUGCAUGCUGUUCUCAACCUGGGGAGUAAAGACUUGCAUGUUGAUUCUCUACUUCAGGAUUACACAGAACCUGCGAUCAAACCUCUAUAUCAAAAUCCUCGCGGUAUAUGUGGCUGUCGGAUUUUUUGUAAUCAUGGUCACCUACUACGGAAUAUACUGUCGACCAUUCUCGCAAUACUGGGCUAUGCCCGUGAAGAACAUGCAAUGCGCAACAUACCAGCACUAUUCAAUCACACAAGCCGUCUUUAACAUCUCCUCCGAUGCCGUGAUGUUCAUCAUUCCGAUCCCGCUUCUUAUCCGGGCACAGCUCAAGCGCCGCAGGAAGACCGUGCUGCUGGGCGUGAUGAGUCUGGGUCUAUUCACGAUUGUCGCCGCUAUCCUUAACAAAUACUUCAACUUUGCCUCCCCGCUCACGACCACCUACCAGAUCUGGUACAUUCGUGAAGCCAGCACUGCCGUCUAUGUCGCCAACCUAAUGUGCUGGUGGCCGCUGCUGCGCAAGCUCUUUAAUCUGAAAGCCUUUCAAUAUAACAGUAAUCGAGGCAGGCGAGCCCGCGACCCGAACGACCCGAACAAGGACAGCCAUGGCCUGUCUCAGUCUGGUACCUCGCAAUCGCGCCCAUCAUUUUCGUUACCCCGUGCCUUGCACUUUGUCCGACCACCCUGUCGCAGAGGCACGAACAACAACGCAGCAAACCGGCAUGAUCGUGGUCCUCAGCGGUCGAGCCAAGAAGCUAUUACCCAGGUCUCUGCCUCGAAUGACUAUGAGGAGUUCAACCGCAUCGAUGCAGUCGAUGUCAUCCCUUUGGAGGAAUGGAACAAAUAUGAGGGACGAGGUUUUGACACCGAGGACGACAGCCAAGCAUCUGUUGCCCGAUCUGAUAAAUCCCGUUCGAAGAGAGAUGACUUGUCUUCGGACCGCAUCUACAACGCCGUGUAG